AUGACGACAGUAGAUACCCUCGGGCCCCACGCAUGCCGCAGGACCCGUGUCAGUUGCACCGCUACACCACAACACCACAACACUUGCACCUUAUCGCACUGCCUCGUUGCUCUAGUGCUCGAUGACGACAUCGAGAAAAAUCCGGAAACCCCGGACAGUGCGUUCGGAGCUGCCUUACGGCCCGGGUCCGGUCCACUGUCCCCGGACUCGCGUAAACGACUAUGGAGGGUCGUCAACGAACUGCCGACAAAACAGCAGCAACCAACAAGAGAGCAACACACUCCACUUUCGGAGAUAAGGAAUCGUUUCCUGGCGCAGUUCCACUCGGACUCGUCCACGCCGCCUUCAGACCACCCGGUCGCACCGAGGAAGCUGCAUUUACAAGAUCAAUCUGAAACCCCACCACCGAAAAUGGUGAAAUUAUCGGUAGAACAGGGCGUCGGCAGUAUCGCGUCAGAGACAGACGUCAGUGGGAAAUGUGAAUCGAGCACUUCAAGCGCUAGCAAAACCCUCCCAGCCGCGGUCGAUGCUCAGUUACAGCGCUUAAGCGCUGCCUUAACCAAUCGACUUAGCUCUCAAAGAGCGAAGCGAUCGAGGGACUCCGUUAGUGUCACUCCAGCAUCAGGUCCAGACUCUGAGCCGGGCCCCCUGUCGCAGCCCAACACUGUGGGCUGGGACGACACUGCGGCCGCGCAGCAACCCGUGGAGGAGAAGCAACCAGAGAUUAAACGAUUCAUGCUGUCCUCCAAUGUGGAUAACCGCGAGGAGAUAACGUGUAUGAUCCUACACCUGGGUGGAGCGGUUUCCGAGGGCGCUGAGCUGGACCCCCUUGCGACUCAUCUGCUUUGCGCGGCGCCGGGCCGCAGCGAGAAGAUGCUGGGCUCCGUGGCGGCCGGGCGCUGGGUGUUGCACCCCGCGUACGUGGCGCGCAGCAGGGCGGCCGGCACCUUCCUGCAGGAGGAGGACUUCGAAUGGGGCAACCCGCGCGCCAGCUGCCUGCCGGAGCUAUCCGGAGCUGAAAAGACCCUAGCUGAGGCCGCGCACCGCUGGCGGGCGUGCCGCGAGUCGGGGCGGCCGGGUCCUUUCGCGGGCGUGGUGGCGCUGCUGCACGUGCCCGCCGCCCGGCGCCGCCUGCUGGCGCGCCUCGUGCGGGCCGGCGACGGACUGGCGCCCGAUGACGAGCCUCCAUACAAUAAUGAAAAUAUAACGGUCUGCUUCGCCGAUAUCAAGCGUUAUCCACUAUCAGAGAGGGACUCUACUUGGCUCAAAUCAAGGAAGAUUCCCGUCUGCCCGCCAGUCCUACUUAGUUCCUAUCUCACCGAAGAAACCAGACCGAACCCGGAACAACACUGUUUGCCUGAAUUCAGACCUAAAUAG